GAAGUAUUAGCACAGACAAAAGCAUUCAAGAGCGAGCAGCGAGAGUUACAGAUGAACAUCAUGCCGGAGCAGAGAGUUCACAUCAUCUCGUCAACCACCAUCAAGCCUUCUUCCCCAACCCCUCGCCACCUCCGGACCCUUAACCUCUCCCUCCUCGACCAGCUCUUCCCUCCCUCCUUUGCCCCUCUCCUCCUCUUCUACGCCAAACCCGGCCCCGGAAACGGCAGCGGGGAACCGCUCUCCCGCCGCAUGCAAGCCUCUCUCUCCGAAACCCUCGUCGAUUUCUACCCGUUAGCCGGUCGGGUCGGGAGCAGCGCGUGCGUCAGAUGCGACGAUGAAGGUGCAUACUGGAUCGAGGCCCGAGCUGACGUCCGCCUAAAUGACAUUCUCAACCAAACCGAGGCAGCCUUGCUCAACCAGUUCCUCCCUAGCUUUCACGCUGAAACGUUGCAUCUGGCCGCAUCAGGGUGCAUGCUCAUUGUCCAGAUCACGACCUUCAGCUGCGGCGGCAUCGCCGUCGCUCCCUACACUUCGCACAAGCUCAUGGACGGGUCCUCGAUAGCGUGCUUCCUCCGGAGCUGGUCGGCCAGAUCAGCUCAGAGGCUCGAGGGCUUAACCCCUCCGAGAUUUAUUGGAGAUUCUCUCAUGCAGACCAGGGAGUUGCCACUCACGUUGUCGGAUUACGCCCCCACGGACCACUGCGCGACAAGGAGGUUUGUGUUUCAUGAUUCCAAGAUAUCCGGCCUCAAGGCCGAAGCAGCUCGUUCCAUUGAGCCAACUCGAUUCACAAGAGUCGAGGUCGUGUUGGCUCUCAUCCUUAGAUGUGCCUUCAAGGCUUCAAGGUCCGUAACCGGGUCUACCCGUCCGACUCUGUUGCAGUACAUGGCGAACCUUCGCAAUAGAAUGUCGCCGGCCUUGCAGGAAAUCGAUGUCGGGAAUCUCGCCUGGAUCAUCAACAUUUCAUUCAAAGGCAGCGAAACGACCUUGCAAGAGCUGGUCUCGAACAUGCGGAAGGAGAUGAUCAGCUUUCGCGACCGUGAGGCCUGCGGUCUCAGAGGAAACGAGGGCUUUUCAAAGGUGUGCGAGUCAAUUGCCAAGUUGGGGAACAUGAUGGGCGAAUGGAAGGAGGAGGCGAACUUGUACCGGUGCACGAGCUUGUGCGGGUUCCCGUUCUACGAGGUCGACUUCGGGUCGGGGAAGCCGGUCUGGGCAACGUGUCACAGAAGCAUGAAGAACUACAUAUAUUUGAUGAACACGAAGAUGCGCGACGGGAUUGAAGCGUGGGUUACGCUGGGCGAGCGAGAGAUGGCGGUCUUUGAACGUGACGAGGAGCUCCUUGCCUCUGCUGCAUUGAAUCCGAGCGCUGCUCAUCACGUAAUGCGUGCAACGAUCCCUUCCCGGAUCUGAUGCUUAUUUAAUGGACUGUCCCAUAUAAUCUUUUUUUUAUGCAUAUGAGCUUUUGCUUGAGUGAUUUGUCUAGAUGUGUCUUGCCAUUGGAAUUGCGAAAAAGAUGCUCAAUAAAUUCACCGCGAAAAGAAUUCACAUGGCUUUUUUACCAUAUA